ACAAUCUGACGUCAUUCAUGUCUGGGGAUGAGUAGUUUUGAAAACAAGUCGUGUGGUGUUGUGAUCCGGUGUGAUAUUUUAAUAGAAUUUGCAGAAGAUGGACUCAUUGAGAGAACAAGUGAUGAUAAAUCAAUUCGUAUUAGCUGCAGGUUGUGCAAGAGAGCAGGCGAAACAAUUGCUACAAGCCGCACACUGGCAGUUCGAGACUGCCCUAAGUAUAUUUUUUCAAGAAGCCGCCAUUUCCAGUUCCCCUCAAGGUCCAGGAACUCAUUUUGGUCAGGUAUGCACACCAUGCAACACACCAGCUACACCGCCUAACUUUCCUGAUGCACUGUUAGCUUUUUCAAGGAUGUCAACAGGUGGAGACAAACUCAGUUCUUCACCAUCAGGAUUGUUCUCCACGUCUCCCAACCAGAACACCCAGCAGCAGCAGCAGCAGCCACAACCACAGCAGCAGUAUCCAGUGGGACUGCAGUGCCAACCUGGCCAGCAAAGUAACGGGCUCAGUGUAGGGGUUGGCCUGGGUGUGGAGUUGCAGAGAUAAGCUCGAUGAUAGUACUCUUAUUAUAAAUUGUAACUAAAGAAAGAAACGAGGGAAAUGCUAUUACUGAGAUGAUGAUGUUCAUCCACUGCAGAUGGCAGAGCUGUUACCAUUGCUUUUAAGAGCUAUGAGCUCAUCCCCUCCAGCAGAAUAUAUACUCCAUUGCAGUGGGAGUUUAGUACAAGGAUGUUAUGUAAUUUAAUGAGGGAAUGUCUUUUUUUUUUUUUCCCUUCAGAUGAUGAUUUACAUCAUAACCCUUUGACAGUUUUCUGUCCCUUCUUCAAUUAACAGUUGUUUAUGUUGCAAUGAUGUUGAAAGGUUAGACAAUAAUAGUUGAUGUAUUGUUUAUGUACACACAGUUCAAUGAUUCCUUAUGCUAAGGAUGUGAAUCAUAUUGUGUAUCACGUGGUAUAUGUAGCCAUAAGUGUAAUGUGUGUGAGUGUAUGAGUGAUAUAAUCAAAGUGUAUGAUUAUAAUCAUGUUUUGUCAACAUCAUGGCAGUAUUUGAACCAUGUUCUUGCUACUGCCAACAAUAUCUUUGUGACUUUCCCUCCCCAUAAACAUGUUGCUAAGUCAUGUUUGUUUGAUUUGUACAAUGUUCAGUUUUAUGUCCUAACAAAAAGAAUUAUGUAGACUUUAGAUUUUUUAUUGCUAUUACUAUAUAUCUUCUAACAUGAUGGUAGUCAUGUUGUAUAUUUGUCGGUAUUCCUAUUUUCAAGAAAGUGUAAAUAAUACUGGAUAUUUUUGAAAGUAAAAUAUGCUUAUGACAGUUUUGUUGAUUUAAUAUAAGUUGUGAGAGUGCAAGAUUGGAAGGGGAUAGACAUCUGGUAUACUGUAUUGUAUGUCACAUUUCAUGCUAGAAAUGUUGUAAAUAUGUAUUAUAGAUUUUUAACCAUUUUGAUGUGAAUCAUCUACCUGUGUUUACUUAUGUUCCAGUGGUCAAGAAAAGCUAAAACACUGUCAUUUAUGAGGGUUAUCAUUAUGUUGUGAUCAUUGUAAGGUCCAUGGAGAAAUGAAACUUUAGUAGAUGAAACUCUUUUAAGUUUC